AUGGAUUUCACGCAGUUCGCGAGGAUGGAUUUCGCCCAACUGACCGAAGUCAUUUUCUGGACGAUUCUCUUCAACCUCCUCGAAUAUUUUCCACAAGCUUUGCCCGGCACGACGCACAACUUCGUUUUCGUCUGGAUCGUCAACUCUUAUCCUCAGUUUGUCAACAGUAUCGCUAUAGCAAGUUUUGCAAUACUUAUGGCGAAAAUUCGACGACGUUUCGAAGUGAUCAACCAAGUUAUUCCGACGAUGAAAAUUUUCCAGAAAAGUAGUUCGAGUAACCUCGAAGCGGACAUGAAUAAUGUUUUUAGACUGCGACUGAUAAACAAAAGUCACGAGAAGCUCGUAAACGCUGCAACGAAUUUGAGCGAAGCUUACGGAAUCGUUAUCCUAACGAGUUUCACCGUUUAUUUCGUCGCUAGUUGUUUUUAUUUGCGAUCAAUAUCCCUGACUUUGGGUAAUUCGAAAAAUUCGAUUGACACGGCAGUCGAUGCCCUGUGGCUGGUUUUCUACCUCGGCAAAUACGUUUACGUGAUCAAUAGUUGUCACAGCGUGACGUUACAGGCGAAGCUUGCAGGCCGAUUGCUGCGGGAGAAAUGGACGGACGUCGAUCAUCAUCCACUCAAGCAAGAGACGGACUUGUUGGUUCGACAGAUCGAGGCCAGGAAUCUUCAACUGACUGCGAACAAUUUCUUCGUUAUCGAUUAUGCGGCAUUGAAAAUGAUUAUCGUCGGUCUGACAGCUUACCUCAUCGUCGUAUCUCGGCCCACGGGAUCCUGUGACGAAAAUCCAAACUGAAUACACACCAGGCAAUUGUACAUCUCAAUCGAGCUCGAAAAACAAAUCUAUUCAAGUUUCAUUCAUUUUGUUACCAAUUAUUGUCACGUU